CCUGGAGAGGCUGCCCGCGCCGAGCUGCUGCUGCCCGAGGCGGACGGACCUGGGCCUCGCACAGGUGAGGUCAUGACCACUCAUUCCCUGCUUCCAGCCGCUCGCUCCCACCUCCAGCCGGGGUUCUUUCUCCAUCGCUUCCCUCUCCUAGCCUUCUCCCUUCCCCAUCCUCCUGACACCCCUCCAGUCCACUCCCCUUUCCGCGCCCUGCCCUUCCCUCCACCUGAACCCUGCCCCCGCCUCUCUCAGAAUUGCAGGGAAGGUGGGGCACACGGAGUGCCCUCAGCGAGCCAGAAAGGACGUGGGGCUUAAGCCCUUGGCCUCCGAUCCAGGGGUGGUGGGGCUCGCAUCCCACUCGCUGCAUCCCGUUGUCUGCACAGACGGAGCUGCCAGCCUGCUGGGGCUGAGCUGCUCUGGACAGGGGCAGUGGGUUCCGGAGGCGGGGUGUCCAGCAUGUACCCCCAGUACGAUCAGGUGACCACCAGGAGGGUCCUCAGCUGCACCAGGGCUUUUCUGAGCCUGGGGACUGGUCAUGGCUCUGGAGGGAGGAGCAGGACCGGCCAGAGCCUCGGAAGCCCGGAGAGCCGUCCAGGUUGUGGAAGAAAGGCUAAGUUGGGUCUGGAAGGUGGAAGGCCUUGGGGGAGGUGGCCUGAUUAGCAGUGGCCCUGGGUGUGCAUACCACCUGGGUGUGCAGUCUUAGAGAGGCUGGGUCAACAAUUACUGGUGGAGGCUGAUGGAGUCUACCUGGGCCUAGAAAGAGCCAACUCUGGACGGUCCUGGCGUGGAGGUCAGCCAUGUGUGGGUAGGGCCAAGGGCACCUUGCUGUGGGCGAGAAGCCACUCAGAGAUGGGACCAGUGCUGGGUCCUGGGGCCUGGUCUAGGGGUGACACAGGCUGCUGCCUCUGCUCUAAGUGGCAAGCAGGCAGUGCAGGCCUGGACUUCCCAGCCCCAGGGUCUUCUGCUGGCUCUGUUCUGGCUUCCUUGGUGACCUUGAAUGAGUUAUAAAACACUUUGGCCUUUGGUUUCUGUUCCAUUCCAACACCUCAGCUGUUCCCCUGCCCUGGGGGACACACCAUGGGCCAGAGCCAAGAGCCCAGCUUCAGGGCACCCAGUGAUGCCCCACCAGCCACGCCCACUCCUGGUGUUGGGUGUCAGGCAUGUGGGAACCCAAAGCACCCUGUUCUUUUCAGGACCCUCUGGCUGUCCCAUUACCCCAGCAGCAAAGCCCUCAGGUGACGAGUUUUAGUGGGUGGCCCAGGGCUCAGGGCUCUGAUGCUGCUGAGGGGAGGGGGAGCAGCUUUGCAAGAGGGCCCCUUAUUUCAGCUUCACCUCUAAUCCUGGCUCUGCUUUGCAGAUGAGAAGGCUGAGGUACAGGAGAUGUUAUCCUGGUCACCGGUGAGUGCCAGUAGAGCAGGGGCCUACUGGGCAGGCAUCUGCAGCCUGGAGAGCUGGCCCCUGUAUGCCACCCCUCCCCUACUUGGGGCAAGACCUGGCCUGGGCACUGAAGGGCCUUCAUCGGAUGCUUCAAGCAGAAGUGCCUUUGGCCUGGGUCCAAGUGAGGGAGUGGACAUAAUGGAGACAUUUAAAAUGAGGCUUACGAGCAUUUAGAGCACACAGACAAAUGCUUACGGGAUUAGCUGAGUGAAAACAGCUAGAUUCAAAACUGAAUGUGCACUAUGAUCUCACCUAUGAUAAAAUGCAGGCCAGUAAGCAUCCAGGAGGCAGAAAACCAUAGCAGCGUGGGGUACUGCAACCUCGGAGAGGGUUUCUUCUGUCUUCCCGAGUUCCGUAAGUCCUUUCUGAGCCAUGUGCACUACUUCCUCUGUGCAUGGACUCUUCUCCGCUGGAGGUGUGUUACCACAGAUGUUUAGUGAGUAUUGCAGCCUCCUCAUGCUAAAGUCUGCCCAGGGGUUGGGGGAGUGUACCAUGGGACCCAGAGAAGGCCCAUAGGGUAGGGUGGGAGCUCCCAGCACCUGGAAAGGAACUGGUGCUCACCCACGAGGUGGCUGCCACCAAGGAGAGGACUCGGCCAGAGGCUGCUGUUGCCCUUCUGAAGCUGUCCCGUGCUCUUGCUGGGCUCCACAGUCACCCCUCUUGCCCACCACUGCCCUUCUGGCCAAAUGCUCCAACACAGCCUCUGCGGGACACUUCUCUGUUCUCCAGAAGUUUGGCUGUGUGCCGGCCCUGGCUUUCCAAUCUCCCUGACUGCAGCAGGGGAUCAGGGUUGGAGGGGCCUGGUGAAACCCUGAUAUGUUGGCCUCAAGCAUAGGUAGCACGGACAGCAGAGAGAGGAGGCAGAGUGGGGCCUGCAGUGUUUGAGCUGUGUGCCGGCCCUGUGUGCCAGUGCUGCUCGCCCCACGUGGCUCAUCUAUUGGGAGGUCCUGGGAAGGGGCUGGUGCCGCCCAGCAGCUUCCCACUGCCAGCCCCUCCCGCUGAGCCCAGCUGAGCCUCACUGAUUCUGUGGAAUGGAAACUGCAAUCCAGUCUCCCCAGAGAGGCCGAAAUGCUGGUUCUUUGCUGAGGUGUCCUUGAGAAAAGCCACUGAGCAGGUCUCCGCCGAGCAGGUCUGUUCGUGACUCCUAGCAACACUUCCCUCAAAACCCCUCUCUAGGAAACUGCCAGCAGCCGCUCUCUGCUGUCAAAACUCCUGGAAGUUCUCUCUCAAACACAGCGCAAACAGCGUCUUCCCCUUUCUUUCUGCCUUCCUGGAUCUGCCUUCCUGGAUCUGCCUUCCUGGAUCCUUUCUGCCUUCCUGGAUUUGCCCUCCUCUGGGCUCUUUGUAGCAUGAAUUCAUCUCCCUGGGCCUGGCCCUUGCCUGGGAGAUGCAUCCAAGGGCACCUCACGAUCUUCUCUAUCUCCACAGAUCUGUCCUGCGAUGCGGCUGCUGCUACCACCAUCCUGGGAGGGGACCGGCGGGAACCCUGUGCUCUGACCCCAGGGCCCAGCCACCUGGCCCUCACGUUUCUGCCCAGCAAGCCGGGUGCCCGGCCCCAGCCCGAGGGAGCCAGCUGGGAUGCAGGGCCUGGUGGGGCACCCUCAGCCUGGGCAGACCCAGUAGAGGGCGGCCCGAGCCCUAAGCUCCUCCCUGAGGGCCUGUCCCAGGCUCUGCCCACUGAGGUGCCUCUCUCGGCCACCCUGGAGCCCCGGAUUGUGAUGGGAGAGGAGACAUGCCAGGCCCUCCUGUCACCCAGGGCUGCCCGGACAGCGCUCAGGGACCAGGAGGGUGGGCACACAAGCCUGGACCCACCCCCCGAGCUGUGUUCUCAGGGUGAUCUUUCUGUGCCUUUCCCUCCCCCAGACCCUGACUCCUUCUUCACACCUCCCUCCACCCCCACCAAGACCACCUAUGCCCUGCUUCCUGGCUCCGGUCCCCAUGGGGACGCCCAGGACUCAGAGGUUGAGAUGCAGGAUGAGCUGCUGGACUCGCCCCCUGCCUCGCCCUCGGGCUCCUACAUCACGGCUGAUGGGGACAGCUGGGCCUCUUCACCCUCCUGUUCCCUCAGCCUGCUGGCUCCAGAUGAAGGGCUGGACUUCCCCUCAGGCUGGGGCCUGUCCCCCCAGGGGUCCAUGGCAGACGAACGAGCGCUGCACCCUGCAGGGACCCCAGAGCCCCAGUCCUCUGAGUCCAGCCUCUCUGCAGACAGCAGCUCCUCCUGGGGCCAGGAGGGCCACUUCUUCGACCUGGACUUCCUGGCCAAUGACCCGAUGAUCCCCGCAGCCCUCCUACCCUUCCAGGGCAGCCUUAUCUUCCAGGUGGAGGCAGUGGAGGUGACACCUCUAUCCCCAGAGGAAGAAGAGGAGGAGGUCGAGGCAGCUCCCAGCGCAGGGGGGGACCUGGCGGGGGAGGGCGAGGAGGACAGCACGUGUGCCUCCUUCCUCCAGUCGCUGUCUGACCUGUCCAUCACGGAGGGCAUGGACGAGGCCUUCGCCUUCCGGGACGACACCUCUGCAGCCUCCUCUGACUCCGACUCAGCCUCCUACGCAGAGGCAGAUGACGAGAGGCUGUACAGCGGGGAGCCCCACGCCCAGCCCACCCUGCUCCAGGACAGUGUCCAGAAGACAGAAGAGGAGAGCGGAGGCGGGGCCGAGGGGCUGCAGGCUCUGGAAGGGACUCUGUCCUGGGCCUUGGAGGCUGUUUCUCAGACCUCAGACAGAGGGGCCCGUCUCUCCCAGAGACAGGAAUCCAUCUCAGAAGUAACAGAAGAGGGCCUUGCUUUAGGCCAGGAGUCCACUGCCACUGUGACCCCUCACACUCUGCAGGUGGCCCUCGGCCUCCAGGUGGAGGUGGCUACCAGGAUGACCCCUCAGGCUGGGGAGGAGGAAGUGGACUCCACCGCUGGACAAACACCUGCUGCCAUGGCAGCGCCUCAGCCCUCCCAGGAGGGCAUCGGCGAGAUCUUAGGCCAAGAGUCUGUCACUGCAGAAAAACCUCCAACCCCACAGGAAGAAGCAAGCCUCGCUUUGUGUCCAGUCUCCCCUCAGAACUCGAAGGAAGAAGGAGGGCUGGACCUGCCGUCAGGCCCAGAGCCCGUGGCUACAGCCACGCUUGUGCCCCAGCAGGCUGAAGAGGGCCUCACCUUACCCCAGGACUCCGCUGUGACAGCACCUUUGCCUCUACAAGACACAGGCCCCACCUCAGUUCCAGAGCCUCUGGCUGUGGCCACCCCUCAGACCUUGCAGGCAGAAGCAGGCUGCACCCCAGGGACAGAGUCCGUGGCCUCCAUGGCUCAGCAGGAAGUAGGUACAGCCUCAGGCGCCAGGCCAGCACCUGAGAAGAACGUAGCCCUCCCUAGAGUCCCAGAGCCUGCAGCCUUGGACCAGGUCCAACAGGAUGACCCACAGCCAGCUGCAGACGCUGGGACACCUUGGGCCGCACUGGAAGAUGCAGGUCCCACUCUGGGCCUGGAGGCCCCCCAUCUCCCUGAGCCCGCCUCUGGUGUGGGGGAGGAAGGAGCAGAAGCCCUUUCUAUGCCCGAACGGGAAGCAUGUCUGGGAGCCGGAGCGCACACAGGUGAUGGGGACUUGCCCCCAGAGGACACCCUGGAGGUUGAGAACCAGCAGGAAGGAGGCCUCAAGCCACCGGCACAGGAAUGUGGACCCGGGUCAGCCCUGGGAGGUGCAGGGGAGCUCCCCGAGGCUCCUCCUGCUGCCUGCCCUGAGGCCAGCCAGGCCCAGCUCCUGAGCCCAGCCAGGGAGGGAAGCGGCCCGAGUGGCAAGUUCACCCUGGAGCCCGGGCUUCCCUCAGCUGUGGCCACAGAAGCCUGUCUGGACUCCUGCCCAGAGUCUUCAGUAGGGGCUGUGUCCAGGCUGGACAGAGGCUGCCCUGAAGCACCUGCCCCCACGUCUGCACCAACCUCCGAGCAGCUGGAGCCUGUGCUGGGCCUGGGCAGUGUUGAGCAACCCCAGGAAGCACCUAGUAUCCUUGGCCCCCAUUUGCUGCAGCCCCCAGAAAACCUUGCAAAGGGUGUGCCCAGCGUACCCCUGGACAGGCUCCUGGGCCCUGACCCUUCUGUUCCUGGUAUCCUUGCUGAGGCAGCCCUACCCCCACUGGAACCCCCAGCCCCCUGCUUGUGCCAGGACCCCCAGGAAGACUCCGUGGAAGGCAAGGAGCCCCCAGGUUCUCUGGGCCUCCCACCGCCCCAGGCAGGAGCCCAGUCUGCCACUGUUGCCGUCUCAGGAACCACUCAGCCUCUGGGGAUUGGGCUGGGAGUCAGCCUCUCGCCUCACUCCCCACUACUCAGCCCCAAGGUGGCCCCCACGGAUGCCAAAGACCUGGCCUUGCAGAUCUCACUCCCUUGCCAAGUGCCUCCUCGCUCUGGGCCCCAGAGCCCAGCUGGCCCUCAAGGGCUCUCAGCCCCCGAGCAGCAAGAGGACGAGGACAGCCUGGAGGAAGAUUCGCCUCGGGUCCCGGGCUCAAACCAGCAUUCGGAUAGCCAUGGGGAGUCGUCAGCUGAGCUGGAUGAGCAGGACAUCUUGGCUCCUCAAACCGCACAGUGUCCAGCCCAGGCCCCAGCAGGCGACAGUGAAGAGACCACAGCCAAAGCCAAGCAAAGUCGCAGUGAGAAGAAGGCCCGAAAGGCGAUGUCAAAGCUGGGCUUGCGGCAGAUUCAGGGAGUCACCAGGAUCACCAUCCAGAAGUCCAAGAACAUCCUCUUUGUCAUCGCUAAGCCUGACGUCUUCAAGAGCCCGGCCUCAGACACUUACGUGGUCUUUGGCGAGGCCAAGAUUGAGGACCUGUCCCAGCAAGUGCACAAGGCUGCAGCUGAGAAGUUCAAGGUGCCCUCAGAGCCCUCAGCCUUGGUCCCUGAGUCAGCACCCAGGCCCCGGGUGAGACUGGAGUGCAAGGAAGAGGAAGAUGAGGAGGAGGAAGAGGUGGACGAGGCGGGGCUGGAACUGCGUGACAUUGAGCUGGUGAUGGCGCAGGCCAAUGUGUCCAGGGCCAAGGCCGUGCGGGCUCUGAGAGACAACCACAGUGACAUCGUCAACGCCAUCAUGGAACUGACCAUGUAGCCACUGACCAGAAGCUGGAGCCAUCCUGCGCCUUCCCUUAGCUCUGCUACUCAAUAAAUCGGUGUCCCUUCA